AUCACGCUAACUCUCUUUAACCUAAUUUAAUUUUCAGCUAAUUGUAGGCCUACGGUUUAUCUGCAGCCUUGAGACGAAGUGAAACGAUGUCGGAUCCCGAACCAAACCCUAACCAAGAAAUAGUCUACAAACAGAUAUUUAUAAACAAUGAAUGGUGUAAUUCUGUGAGUGGACGAACAUUUCCAACAAUAAACCCAGCAACUGGUGAAAAACUAUGUGAUGUUCAGGAAGGUGAUAAGGAAGAUGUUGACAAAGCCGUUGCUGCUGCUAGAGCAGCCUUUCAGAUAGGUUCCCCCUGGCGGAGAAAAGAUGCAUCAAAGAGAGGAGAACUCAUGAUGAAAUUUGUAUCUCUUUUAAAACGUGAUAUAGGUAUAUUAGCGAAUCUGGAGACGUUGGAUAAUGGUAAACCGUUCCUGGAUGCUGUUGAUGAUGUAAGAGCUACAAUAGAUGUGUUUCAGUAUUACGCUGGUUGGUGUGAUAAAAUAACUGGAAAAACCAUACCAGUAGACGGUGAAUAUUUUACCUUUACGAGACAUGAACCAGUGGGUGUAUGUGGACAAAUUAUUCCUUGGAAUUAUCCAGUUGCCAUGUUGUCAUGGAAAUUAGGACCAGCAUUAGCCUGUGGCAACACAGUGGUACUAAAACCUGCUGAGCAGACACCAUUGACAGCACUAUAUUGCUGUGCUUUAUUUAAAGAGGCAGGUUUUCCACCAGGUGUUGUAAAUGUUGUACCAGGCUAUGGAUCAACAGCAGGAGCAGCUAUAUCUGAACAUAUGGAUGUGGAUAAAGUUGCCUUUACUGGAUCAACAGAGGUUGGUAAAUUAAUUAUGCAAGCUGCUGGAAGAAGUAAUUUAAAGCGAAUUAGCCUGGAGCUGGGAGGAAAAAGUCCUUUAAUCAUUUUAGCUGAUGCAGAUGUUGAUAAUGCUGCCCUUUGGGCUCAUUCUGCCAUUAUGACCAACAUGGGUCAGAACUGCUGUGCCGGUUCUAGAACUCUUGUCCAAGAAGACAUAUAUGAUGAAUUUGUUUCAAAAGCAAAAUUGAUGGCCGAAAACCGGUGUGUUGGAGAUCCAUUUGAUGCCAUGACUGCACAUGGUUCACAGAUUGAUGAAACCCAGUUUAAGAAGAUAUUAAGUCUUAUUGAUAGUGGUGUACAAGAAGGAGCUGUAUUACAAGCUGGUGGAAAAAGACAUGGUGAUAAAGGCUAUUUCAUAAAACCCACAGUAUUCAGUAAUGUUCAGGAUAAUAUGCGAAUAGCUAAAGAAGAGAUAUUUGGUCCUGUUCAGUCCAUUAUUAAGUUUAAAACAAUAGAAGAGGCAAUAGAGAGGGCUAAUAAUACAAAUUAUGGUCUGGCGGCUGGCAUUAUUACUAAUGAUAUCAACAAAGCUCUAAUGUUUGCUCAAAGUAUCCAGGCUGGUUCUGUUUGGGUUAAUUGCUAUGACAUUGUUACAACACAAACUCCAUUUGGUGGAUUCAAACAAUCUGGACAUGGCAGAGAACUGGGAGAGUAUGCAUUGAAAGAAUACACAGAAAUAAAAACAGUGACUGUUAAAAUACCACAGAAGAAUUCCUAGAUUUGAAGACAUGAUGAAAUCAUGGCUCCUGUGUAACCUAUUAAAAAUAAAGUAAACAAAACAUAGUGUUGACAAUUAUGACCAAUCAUAUUUUCUAAAUGAUUUACUGUAAUUAAUAAAACACUAAUGAUCCAUUAUAUGGCAGUAUAUUAGACUCAAAAUUCUAACAUGCAAUCGUCUAAUUUCUAUCUUGUAUUCAUGUAAUUUCUAACUUCUAUUCUUGUAAUUUCUAUAUUAAGACAAUGUAUAAUCCAACUUCUUUUUUUGUUGAGUAUAAAUUUUAAUUCUGUUUCA